AUGACCAAGAAAAUAGCACCUUACGGGACUUGGACGUCACCCAUCACAGCGGACGCGAUCUUGAAGACACCACCUAAAGUUGAAGAAGUUAUCGUCGAUCCGGUAACCUCUACGAUCUAUCAUAUCGAAGCCAGGCCGUCCGAAAAGGGUCGGAAUGUCCUAGUUGAGACGGAGAAGAGUCGCGAUGUCGUCGGAAGGGAAUGGGAUGUAAGGACGAGAGUACACGAGUAUGGAGGUGCUCCUGCUAUCGCGCACAAUGGAAUUAUCUACUUCUCGAGUGUUAACGACAACAGGGUAUAUCAGGUACAAGACGGCAAAGAGCCCGAAGCUGUUACACCAGAUAACUCGAACCAUCGUUUUGCCAGGCUUGCCGUGCAUCCCAUACACACACACCUCCUGGUGUCUAUCCUAGAAGAUCACACGAAGCCCGCCCCGCUAGAUGUAGUCACAACUCUCUGUGUCAUCAACACCAAGACAAAGACUAUCUCCCCACUGGUGUCCGGCGCAGAUUUCUACUCGUCUCCGUGUUUCACCCCGGAUGGCACUCACAUUGCCUGGCACCAAUGGUUCCAUCCGGACAUGCCAUGGGAAGGCGCCGAGAUCUACACCGCCAAGGUGGCUGCGGACGAGAAUGGCAUGAGCUUGAGCGAGGUCAAAUAUGUAGCAGGUAAGAAGAAAGAAACGAGUGUGGCAUACCCUUUCUGGGUGUCAAACGAUCUCUUGCUUUUCAUCAACGACGUCUCUGGUUACCAGAACCCGUGGAAAUAUUCUGUGUCAUCUGGCAAGGCCUCUCCUGCGCUUUACACGCCAGUGCAAGAGGAUUUCAGCCAACAAUCGUGGCAGCUGAGGCACGAGGCUGGUGCCGCCUUGGACAAAGAAGGGUCCAGAGUCUUGUUCCUGGCGACGAGGGACGGCCGCACCGUAGUCUACGUCCUCACCCUGCAGAGCGGCGCGCUGGAAGAGAUCGCGUGCCCGUACAUUUCCGGGUUAGUGGUCAGGCAUGUUGCCCGAGACACGGUCGUUUUCAUCGGCGAGAAGACUACAGAGCCCCAGAGCAUCGUGCUGUGCUCGCUCAAGGACUACUCCAUGCCGCACUUCACCAUCCUCCGACCCCCAUCGGUCGGUCCGAGCUUCCCGGCGUCCUAUAUCUCCGUCGCCCAGCCUAUGACGUUGCGCGUUUCACCCGACGACAGACCUAUACAUGUGUUGUACUACCCGCCUACGCAUCCCGAGUACAUCGCUCCCGAAGGGGAGAAGCCGCCGUGUGUGGUCAAUGCCCAUGGCGGUCCUACCGGUAUGGCCACGCAAAGUCUAGACUGGCUAGUACAGUUCUUCACGAGCCGUGGUUGGGCUUGGCUGGACGUCAACUAUGGCGGAAGCUCCGGGUAUGGCCGCGAAUACGUUGAGCGCCUCAAAGGUAACUGGGGCGUGGUCGACGUGGAAGACUGCGUCGCGGCGACACAGCAACUCGCCAAGCCUCCUCUCUCACUGAUUGAUUCGCAACGCACUGCCAUCAGAGGCGGUUCUGCGGGAGGUUUGACGGUGCUCAAUUCAUUAUGCUACCAUCCCACUGCGUUUGCUGCGGGCACAUCGCUCUAUGGCGUAGCAGACCUGAAGAGUCUCGCUGAAGAUACGCAUAAAUACGAGUCGCACUAUCUGUUCAGACUGAUUGGCGGUACUGUGGAGCAGGUACCGCAGGUCUACCAGGAGCGGUCCCCGGUGAACAACGCUGAGAAGAUCAAGACACCUUUACUUGUACUUCAGGGCUCGAACGAUGCCGUGGUUCCCCCUAAUCAGGCGGAGAACAUCGUGAACACUAUCAAGCGUGGCGGAGGCCGCGUCGAGUACGUCGUUUAUGAAGGCGAGGGUCAUGGAUGGAGAAGAGCCGAUACCAUUAAGGCUGCUCUGGAGAAGGAACUCUCUUUCUACGAGGGCAUGUUCGGGCUGACUGGGAAGAAGUCUUGA